AUGGGGAGCCCCCGGGCCGCGCUUCUCCUGCUGCUCCUGCGCCCGGUCAAGCUGCUGCGGAGGCGCUUCCGGCUGCUGCUGGCGCUCGCCCUGGUGUCCGUGGGGCUCUGGACUCUCUAUCUGGAGCUGGUGGCGUCGGCCCAGGUCGGCGGGAACCCCCUGAACCGGAGUGCCCGGCGCCGCCCGGCUGCCUACUCCGGGAAGGAAGGGGGGCGUGGGGGGCCGGUUGCCGAGUUCCGAGCCCGGGCCUGCCCGCCGGGGACAUCCUUGGGGCUGCUCGCUGCUCCCCUAGGAGGACGGCGGGGAGAGAGGCUCCCGCCCGCCCCGCGGGGAUGCCGGCUGAGAAGCCGGGCACCUCCAUCCAGAGCGCUCGGCUUGCAGCCCCCCAGCGAGACAAACGCGCGGUCCACGCGCGGGCUGGGGAUUUGUGCCCUGGGUGCCCUCGGCCGGUGUCAGCCGAGGCGGCGCGCUCCGGUUAGCGCGGCCCAAACUUUGCUCAGCGCCUUCUCUGUGGCUUGCUCCGUUUCCAGUCCUGCUGCGCUUUCUGGGGUUCUUUAUUUUAACCAUACCUCCGAGACCCCCCUCACCUCCCCCUUCCCCUACGCCGCCCCCCUCCCAGGUUACAACCAACCUCAGCUUGGCUUUAGUAAGUCACCUUCAUCAGCCCUCCCAAAUCCAGCAGCUGGCAGCCCUUCAGAUCAGAUAAUGUAUCUGAUGCAUUUUCAGGCCUGGUGCAGAAAAGAGAAGGGGCUCAACAAGGUGGCACCCAACAGGGCAGUAGGUACAGUCCCUUGCAUCUUGCUGGCAAGCCUCGACCUGCCAGCAGCCAAAACCAUUACAGCAGCUCAUGUGCUAGCUUGGCAGGAAGCUUGGGAGCAGCUGGCUGUUCUGGUUCCUGAGCUCGGCUCUAAGCAGCAGCAGCUUGGCAGUGGGGGAUACGGCAGCUGGAGAGAACUGGCCAAGGCUCUGGCCAACAGGAACAUUCCAGCUGUGGAUCCAAAUCUCCAGUUUUAUCAUCCCCAGAGGCUGGGCUUCAAGGACCAAGACUCUGAGCAAGGUGGGAGCGCUAACAGCAGCUACCUGAAGUGGAAUAAGCCCGUCCCCUGGCUCUCAGAGUUCCAGGGCCGCGCCAACCUGCAUGUGUUUGAAGACUGGUGUGGCAGUUCUAUUCAGCAGCUCAGGAGGAACCUUCACUUCCCACUGUACCCCCAUAUUCGCACAACCCUGAGGAAGCUGGCCGUGUCCCCCAAAUGGACCAACUAUGGCCUUCGCAUCUUUGGCUACCUGCACCCCUUCACCGAUGGGAAGAUCCAGUUUGCCAUUGCUGCAGAUGACAACGCAGAGUUCUGGCUCAGCCGUGAUGACCAAGUGUCAGGCCUUCAGCUGCUGGCCAGUGUGGGCAAGACUGGAAAAGAGUGGACUGCCCCUGGAGAGUUUGGGAAAUUUCGGAGUCAAAUUUCCAAGCCAGUGAGCCUGGCAGCCUCCCAGAGGUACUACUUCGAGGUGCUGCACAAGCAGAAUGACGAGGGCACCGAUCAUGUGGAAGUCGCGUGGCGACGGAAUGACCCUGGAGCCAAGUUCAGCAUUAUUGACUCCCCUUCCCUGUCCCUCUUCACAAACGAGACAGUCCUAAGGAUGGAUGACGUGGGCCACAUCCCUCAGACAGCAGCCAGCCAUGUAGGGUCCCCAGACACUCUUCCUAGAGAUGAGCAGCCCCUUGCAGACAUGCUGCGACCGGACCCUCGGGACACCCUCUAUCGAGUGCCUCUGAUUCCCAAGGCUCAUCUCCGCCAUGUCCUGCCUGAUUGUCCCUACAAACCCAGCUACCUGGUGGAUGGGCUCCCCCUGCAGCGCUACCAGGGACUCCGCUUUGUUCAUCUGUCCUUCGUUUACCCCAAUGACUACACCCGCUUGAGCCACAUGGAGACCCACAAUAAAUGCUUCUACCAGGAAAACUCAUACUACCAGGACAGGUUCAGCUUUCAGGAGUACAUCAAGAUGGACCAGCCUGAGAAGCAGAAGCUGGAGCAGCCAGGUUUCAAGGAAGGCCUUCUAGAAGAAUCCCAAUAUGGAGAAGCAGUGGAGGAGACCCUUGACUCCAAUGACCAGAAUGCCAGGAUGCCAGAGGGAAAACCAGUGCCCACCUUCACCCCUGGGCAGGAUGUCACUGACUACCGCCUCCGAAGCCUGCGGAAACUCCUGGCUCAGCCCUGGGAGGGUCCACUGGCACCCUUUUCCAAGAGGAACUCCACAGCUCCCUUCCCUGUGAGGACCAGUGAUGUCCCAGUCCAGCCCCCAGAGAAGCAGGACAGAAGACCCAGCCCUGGGCUCAGCCAAGAUCCCCCUCCCUCUGAGAAGUGGCCUCCGGGGCAUCUGGCAGGGAACCCGCCUCAAGUCAAGGGGCCCAGGCCCACUGGUGACAGUCCCAGGAAGACGCUAGGGCAAUCCCAGUGGCUGAAUCAAGUUGAGACAUACAUUGCAGAGCAGAGAAGGGGGGACAGGAUGGAGCUUCCAGCCCCCCGGAGGGGUUGGCCCGGGGAGGGAGAGGUGGUAGUAGCUGCAGGCCAGGAAGGACAGGCAGAAGGAGAAGAAGAGGGGGAGGAAGAGGAAGAGGAGGAGGAUGUGAGUGAGGUGUUCGAAUACAUGCCCAUGUUUGACCCUGUGGUCAGCUGGGACCAGACCUUCAGUGCUCGGAACCUGGACUUCCAAGCCCUGCGGACUGACUGGAUCGAUCUGAACUGUAACACGUCUGGCAACCUGCUGCUUCCAGAGCAGGAGGCUCUCGAGGUCACACGCGUCUUCCUGAAGAAGCUCAACCAGAGGAGCCGGGGGAAGUACCAACUGCAGCGAAUUGUGAACGUGGAGAAGCGCCAGGACCAGCUACGUGGAGGUCGCUACCUCCUGGAGCUUGAGCUGCUGGAACAAGGCCAGCGCCCAGUGCGGCUCUCCGAGUAUGUGUCUACACGAGGCUGGCAGGGCAUCGAUCCAGCUGGUGGGGAAGAGGUCGAGGCCCGGAACCUGCAGGGCCUGGUUUGGGGCUCACACAACCGCCGGAGACAUGUCUUGAAUGUCCGGGCCCCAGAGCCCAAGCUGUGUUGGCCCCAGGGCUUCUCCUGGAAUCACCGAGCCGUGGUCCACUUCGUUGUGCCUGUAAAGAACCAGGCGCGUUGGGUACAGCAAUUCAUUGGAGACAUGGAAAAGCUGUUCCAGGUCACCGGUGACCCACACUUCAAUAUCAUCAUCACGGACUAUAGCAGUGGGGACAUGGACGUCGAGAUGGCCCUAAAGAGGUCCAAGCUGCGGAGCUACCAGUACAUGAAGCUAAGUGGAAACUUUGAGCGUUCAGCUGGGCUUCAGGCUGGCAUAGACCUGGUGAAGGACCCACACAGCAUCAUCUUCCUAUGUGACCUCCACAUCCACUUCCCAGCUGGAAUCAUCGAUACCAUCCGGAAGCACUGUGUAGAGGGCAAGAUGGCCUUUGCCCCCAUGGUGAUGAGGCUGCACUGCGGGGCCACCCCCCAGUGGCCUGAGGGCUACUGGGAGGUGAAUGGGUUUGGACUGCUCGGCAUCUACAAGUCAGACCUGGACAGAAUCGGGGGCAUGAACACCAAGGAGUUCCGAGAUCGCUGGGGUGGGGAAGACUGGGAGCUGCUGGACAGGUGACUGGGAAAGGAGGGCAUCUGAGGGACGUGCUUGGAUCCCAUCCCAUCAGGUGCUCUGGGGAGGGAAUAGGGCUAGACGGAUGGUGUCCCGGCCCCCUGGGCUGCAGACUCCUGAUAUGCAGGUAAAGAGCACUGUACUCAAAGGAAGCCCCACCACUUACUGGGGGUCACAUUACCUGCCUGGCCGAGACUCAGUUCUGUAUGUAUUAGAAGGGGGAUGAUACCGCCUCUGCCUGUGUCACAGGGUUGGCAUGGAAAUUAAAGCACAUGGUAUGCUGUCAGGGUAAAGCACAGCAAGGUGCUGUGGGAGAAUAUGGCUGCAUUCUCCCGAAUUGGAGCUCUCUUCCCCUCUGCCAUUGCCUGGCUGGGAAGGCUGAGGCUGUGGGAAUCGAUGAGAGAGAACAGGUGAAGGGGCAGGAAAGACUUUGGGGCCGACAAAAGAGGCAGUGUGGAUCAUUAAAGGGCAGCAAGAUAUCCAGGAGGUCCUGGUCCCUGGAAGCCCUGGGAGAAGGGAGUUUCAGGGAGGAGGAAAGAGUGGAAAGAAGGAGAAAGAAGAACCCCAGACAAGCUGCAGCCUUGGCAAGCGGGCGAGAAGAGGGUGCUGAAGCAGGAGCAGGCAGGCGGGGACCCCAAGUUGCAGGGGAUCGUGGAGCGUGCUGGUGGUGAGGGAGUGGAGGCUGUAUCAGUAUGAGAUUCCUCUGUCAAGAAAUUUGCUUUAGAAAGAAAGAAAGAAAGAAAGAAAGAAAGAAAGAAAGAAAGAAAUUUGUUGCCAAGAGAGGCUACUAGCCCAGUAGCUUAGUAGAGCAUGCGGCUCUCGAUCUCAGGGUUGUGAGUUCAGUCCCCAUGUUGGGGGUAGAGAUUAUUUAAUCAG